UGACAUUUGAUUGGUUAUAGUUGCGUCCGCGCAGUCAGGUACUCUCGGGUAGAUCGACUACCUUUAACUUCGUGAUCUCCGCACAGAAGUCGAAAGCCGUGAUGGAUCCAUGUCAGGAGCACGGCUAAGUAUUCUCUUGGCGACGCGAAAUUCCAGGGCUUUAUCGUUUCUCGUGAAGCUGGGAAUAUCACAAGUGUGGUUUGAUCCGCAAUCAUCAUGACGUCAACUAUGGACGAAACUCCUGCUUUCAACGGAAUAGACAUCCGAAGCAAUAGGCGAGCUGCAGUUAAAUUGGGACAACAAUCUUCGUUCUACAAUCGUAUCUCCCAGUUCAAUCUUGACAAUUGCAAAAUUGUAUCGCACAACCAUGUCUUGUCAUCAACACAUUCCCAGAGACCAAGAUGGGAUCCCCGGCUCGCCUCUCAGCACCAAAAGCCGUGUCCUGGAAGGCGGCGCCAGCAUGGUCCAAGAUUUCACGCCUGUCAAGCAGAUUUGCGCCCAUCUAAAUGCCUUCCACAUUUAUGCGUCGGAUCCGACAAGAGCUGUGGAAGCGAAUCAUUAUUGUACACAUGUUACAGAAGACCUCAGGCAGUGUCUGAUAUACGAUUCCACCAAGCCUAAUGCCCGGUUGAUCGGCGUCGAGUACAUGAUUUCGCCGCGCUUAUUCGAGACCCUCCCGUCCGAGGAACGCAAAUUAUGGCACACCCAUGAGUUUGAGGUCAAAAGCGGCAUGCUGAUUAUGCCCGCUCCGGCGGGAGUGCCGAAGCCUGCCUGGGAAGCAGCGGAAACAUCAGAGAUGAGGGACGUCAUUCCGCUGUACGGAAAAACGUAUCAUUUUUGGCAGGUGGACAGGGGCGAUCCACUUCCCUUGGGAGCUCCACAGCUCAUGGCUAGCUUCACAUCUGAAGAGAAAGUCAAGCUCGCUCAUCCCAAGGGUCUUGACGGGUUACUUGCGGGGAGGGACGAGGCGUUUGGGGUUGAUUAUAAGGUUAAGGCGGAGAAGAGGAAGGAUAUCGAGCCGCCUAACUUGAGUCCUGAUGCCGACGCCAUGGUGCAGAAUAGGUAA